UCUUUUGGUUUAUUAUUUCGCUGCGUUCUCUCUUUCUGAAGCUCUGGAGCAGGGCUUUACCGACACGAGUCUAGGGAGGUUAUGCCAGACGGUGUAGAGGUUGCACCCCUCUGUGGAUUUGAGGGUUUAUCCUUUUUACCAAGAACAUGGAGCAAGUGCGCCUUUGGUCAGACUGUUACAAGUGUAGAAUUUUUUCGUUCCAAGAGGUUCUUGACUGGAGGUUUCCCAUCCUUGUUGAGUUCCCAGUCAUUGCCUUUGUUAAUUGCACUUAGCGGCCAUGCACUCUUAGAAAAUCACCACCACGGAAGUCCCAAUGCAUUUUUCUUUUGAAAUUGGUGUUGGAUCUAUACUGCACACUUCUAAUGCAUUACCAAUGCAGCUUUCCCUGGUAGACAGUUUGAGAGCUAAUAGACUUGACAUUGGUCAUUCUUUUUCUGGGGGGUAAAAUCAUUUUACUAGCAAUUAGCAAGGGAUGGACUUUCUACAUAGCAUUUAGAAUCUUCAUGCAUUCCUUUGAUUGCAUGUAGACUUAUUCAUAAUCAUUUAGAUCGAGGGAGCAUAUCUAAUAUUACAGUCCUUAUUUCAAGCCUUAAGGUUUUGGUGGAUAUAUGUUUUACAAUAUAUCCAAGAGUCUUUGUAGUGGAACAGAACCUGGGCAAGUAGUUCUCAUCUGGGACUGAAGUAUAAGUUGCAUGAUGCGUGUGAUGGGGUUGGAUCUUGUAUGCCAUUCCUCUGCCUUUGCUGAUGUCACUGUUAUAUUUCUUGGUUCUUAAAUGCAACCUUAGUUGCUAAGCAAGUUGGUCAAACAGCUUUUGCUUUCUUUGUCAUUUGGAGUACUCAAAGCAAAGUAGAAUGCAGGCGGAUAUGGUCUUUUCUUGGUUGUUUGCUGAGAAUGUGGAGCAUGAGGCAUUUGUUCCGGAGUUCGUGGUAAAUAAGGCUAUUAGGCCCAUGCUGGAGGAUGAUAAAUCCAAGCUAAUGCCUAUUUCGCUUUUGUGUUAAAAGGAGGGUUAUCUCAGUAAAGUUCUGUAGUUUAGGUAUUAUUACGUAGUAAUGUCUCAUUUGGUCUUUCUAGCCUGCAUACCACAGUUGAGGUGAGCAGCGGGUUACUUUGUCAGUUUAUUCGUGGAAUGGGCGAUUUUCUUUUGAAUAAGAAUAAGACAAUCGUUUGAAGAUCACUUCUUGCAUUUCCUUCUUUGCAACCAAUAAUGGACCGAUACAAGAUAAUUAAGGAAGUUGGGGAUGGGACGUUUGGGAGUGUGUGGAGAGCUAUCAAUCGCCAAACAUGUGAAGUUGUUGCAGUUAAGAAAAUGAAGAGGAAGUAUUAUUCGUGGGAAGAAUGCAUGAAUCUUAGGGAAGUAAAGUCCUUACGAAAAAUGAAUCACCCGAAUAUUGUGAAGCUCAAGGAGGUCAUUAGGGAGAAUGACAUCUUGUACUUCAUUUUCGAAUACAUGGACUGCAACCUGUAUCAGCUCAUGAAAGAUAGGUGCAAACUAUUUGCGGAAGCUGAAGUGAGAAACUGGUGUUUUCAAGUGUUUCAAGCUCUUGCUUACAUGCAUCAGCGUGGAUACUUUCAUCGCGACCUUAAGCCAGAGAAUUUGUUGGUCACAAAGGACAUGAUUAAGAUUGCAGAUUUCGGUCUUGCUCGGGAGGUCUGUUCUCAGCCGCCUUUCACAGAAUAUGUCUCAACUCGCUGGUAUCGGGCUCCUGAAGUUCUGCUUCAGUCAUCUGUGUACGACUCUGCUGUGGAUAUGUGGGCAAUGGGGGCUAUUAUGGCGGAGUUAUUUACUCUUCGUCCUCUGUUUCCUGGUUCAAGUGAACCGGACGAAAUCUACAAGAUCUGUAGUGUUAUAGGUACUCCAACUCAGAACACUUGGGCAGAAGGAUUACAUCUUGCAAAUUCAAUCAAUUAUCAAUUCCCACAGUUCUCAAGCACCCAUCUUUCUGUGUUGAUACCAUCAGCCAGUUUGGAUGCCAUCAAUCUCAUCACUUCACUUUGUUCAUGGGAUCCUUCCAGGAGGCCAACUGCUGCAGAGGCGCUUCAACAUCCCUUCUUCCAACCUUGUUUUUUUUAUGUCCCGCCAUCCCUGCGCGCGAAGGGAAUGCUUGCUCCUAGGACUCCUCCUUCAGGGAGUGUUAAGGGUGCUUCAGAGCAUAAGGGAGUGAGAAGGUCCUUGGGAACUUUAUCCAGUGUGAAACCUGUGGCUGCGAGCCAUUUCUCUUCUGCAAAAUUAAGUGCUUCUCUCAACACUGGUGUGCAGCGGAGGCUCGAGAUGGAUAAUCAGGAGGUAAAGAAUGAUAAAUUGGCUAAAAGUGGUGCCCGACAGCCAAGGUAUAGGCCACCUGCCAGGAACAGCUCAGUUGCUUCUGUAUAUUCUGGUGGAGCAGCUACCCGUGGCAUAAUUGAGAAUGUGAGCAGCAAGUCACCCCACAGCAAUGCCCCUUUGCGCCAGCCCCAGCAGCCCCAGCCCCAGCCCCAGCCUGGAAGCAGCAGCAACAUGAAAGCAACGACAAACACAACAAUGGUGAGGGGUCCAAUGAAGGCUGGGGGAUGGCACCACCUUCCUCAUGAAAUCCCCACUCACUUGCCUAGGAAUUAUGUGAGAAAGGUGGCGGGCUAAAAGUGCGAGUUAUUAUAUUACUAUUCUCUCUCCAUAUAUGGAAACUCUACACAUUGCAGAUAUAAGCUUGCGGUCUUGCGUUUAUGGACACAAACGCAAUAUGGGUUUGAAUUUUGUUUUUAUUUGAUCGAGUGUGGCUCUUUCAUGGUAAUGGGGCUUCUAUAUUUGAGUAGGGUGUGGUUUUGUAUAUCCAAUAUCUGGGACGAUUAAGAGCUUGGUUUUGUGGUGCCUGCUUUUGGAUUUGGAUUUGGAUUUUAAUCCAUACUUAAUGUUAGUACUGCGGUUUACUA